GGAAGUGCUCCAAUAGAGGAAGGAUGCAGCUUAUACACUUGUGUGCUGCUUCUGCAGUUUUACAACUAAAACUUCUGAGAACACUGUGAAUGGUUUGACGUGAGGCGAUCUGUGGAAUGCAUGUUUAAAAUGCAGAUCAGUUCAAGCUUUACAAUUCUCUUUAUGUUAGUGUCAAAUAUUUUGUGUACAGGCUAUGGAAAUGAGGACUGGGCUAUCACCAUCAAUCCGCCAGAAAUUAUUGCAGUUCCAGGAUUAUGUGCUCUGAUUUCAUGUACCUUCACCUAUCCAAAUGAAGCAAACCCUAUUGAUAAUGUUCAGUGGAUUGUGUGUAGUAAAGAUGAUCAAUGUAAAAAAAAAAUUUCAAGUAUUAUCGAGGGGAAAGUGAGUACACAACACAAAAACACAAUUGAAGAGAAGGAAACAGAAACCGAACGGAUUAAGAUGCUUGAACCUGAUCUGACCAAAAACAACUGCAGCAUCAUCAUGAAAGACAUAACAGCAGAAGAUGAAAAUAUCUAUGCAUUCAGAGUGGAGGGGCCAACUCCACAUAAAAACACGUAUACACCCACAGUUAAAGUCAUCAUUCAAGACGAGCCUAAAAUAGAUAUUCCUCCUCUCAGCGAAGGAGUGGAAGCCAAUCUGACAUGUUCGGCUCCUUUUCCUUGCCCUGAAACUCCACCUAAAAUAACAUGGUGGAUCCAGACAAGAGGAGAAAAUAUCACCAACCUCGAGUAUGACAAAAUCACUUUGAAAACCUCCAGAAGCCUUUACAUCUCAACUUUACCCUUGACUCCAACCUCCAAAAUGCACAACGGCACUGUAGGAUGUGAUGCGAGCUAUGGAAACAAAACCAUCAGGACCAGUGGGACCCUGCAAGUAACGUAUGUACAGACUCUUCAGAUUCUGGGCGAAGACAAAGUAAUGGAAGGUGACACUCUCCGCCUGAACUGCACUGUUGAGAGUCACCCACCGUCCACUAAUCCUGUAUGGAGUUUCAACGGAAUCAGGAACGACACGUCUGCAGAAAAUCUUAUGAUUAAAAAUGUGACAAAGGAGCAUGCUGGGAUAUAUGUCUGUCAGAUGACUUAUAUGAUGGAGACUUUGAAUGCAUCCAUCACGAUCAAUGUCUUUAAUGACACAAAAGAAUUGAAAAUAAACAAGUCCUUCACUACCGGAGGUGAAAACUUGAAAAAUUCCACUGAAAACAAAAAUUCCACAGGUAUAGAAGGUUUUUUGAAGAUUUUUGGCAUCUCAACCAACCAGAUACUCACAUUUGUGGCCGGAAUGGCAUUUUCAGCAAUCAUCUUCUCAAUGAUUUUGUGUUGUUGGGUGUCUUGCCACAGAGACAAAAGACACAAAGUGCCGACAGAAAAUCCAGACACUGAUAUCAAUUUGGAGACAGUGCAGACAGAUGUAGCUCAGAGUGGAACCAAUGAACAGACACCUCUUCAUGGACAGCUUGAUGGAGGGACCACAGACACAGCAGCACCAACAGAUGGAGCACAGAACGGGGAAGCAGUCGAGAUGCAAGCAGGAGAGGUGGACUACGCCAGCAUCGACUACUCCCUUUUAAAGAACAGAGCGCCUGAAGAGGGAGAGAUGGAACCGACAGACACAGACUACGCUGAGAUCAAGAGGGAGAAGAUAGGAGAAGAUGGGAAGCAAAGGGAGGCCCUUCAGGAUGGAGAUGACCAGAUUGAAACACCCAACCAGAAACAGAUGGAGGGAGAGGAAGAACUUUAUUCUAAUUCUCAGAUGCUUCAAAGUUAAGGUGCUACAAGUUUUAACUACACAUAACAACAUUUUGUUUUGUUUUAGGCAGAUGUUUAAGAAAAUAAAUAAUGUGUUACUUUAGAGCUUUUAUCCCUUAUGUGUCUAUCAAAAAAUGUUGGUGAUUGCAACAUAAUACAGAAUGUUUCAUUAAUGUCCAACAUCUGUUUUUUUUCUCAUACAAUUACAAUUCUCUUUAUUUCUUCUUCCCAUUUUCUGCAUGUGGUGUUAAAUAUCUAUUUAAGGAAGUUUCUGAGCUUACUAAAACUGCUGCAAAUAUGUAUUACUAAAUAAAAAAAAGGUUUCUGAUA